CUUACCCUGCUGCUAAUGGCUUUCCACAAACUGGCUUUGGAACAGGUGCCUGGGAGCAAAACUUCUGCCAUCUUCAACUUUCAGAGUCUACUGGCUGUAAUUUUGCUGCUCAUAUGUACCUGUGCCUAUAUCAGAUCCUUGGCUCCCAGCUUACUGGACAAAAAUAGAACUGGACUAAUGGGAUUUCUCUGGAAAUGCGGCAGGAUUGGUGAAAGAAAGAGCCCCUUCGUGGCUGUGUGCUGUGUCAUGAUGGCCUUCAACAUUCUGUUUGCACAGUAGCAACUGGAGCGUGUCCCCUGUGCCCUGCUACCAAACAGUGGAGAAUGGAAGAACUUCUGUUAGGAAAAGAUGGGAAAGCGUCAUCAAGUUUUCUUUCACAUAUUGGAUAGCCUUUCUCUUAGUGGACACCCCCCUUCCCACAAACAGACCAUCAUGUACAGUGUUAGUGAUCACAGUGUAACUAACUCCAGGUGACAUGUACUUAUUAAUGUCAAGUCAGUACUGACACUCCCAAUGCAACUCUUGAAAGGGUGUCUGUUGUAUAUCUGAGUUUCAGGGGACCUUUUCAAAACCAUGCAGUUGAAAAGGCUAAUUUUUUGUUUGAGAGAUCUCUUUAAUGAAACUAAAAAAUUAUAAAUACUGCUAUUCCUGUAGGACCACUCUAACAAGAAUAAAAAUCAUUGUGACUCUAGGAUAUGUUUACAAAAGUAUUUUUAGAUCUUACUAUCUGAAAAAUUCCUGUCAGUUUGUGAUAGCUGUACUCACAUACUAAAAGUAUGACCUCUGGCCUAAGUUACAUUCAGCUUUUGUUUUCUAAACUUUCAAUUCCUCAAAUAAUCAAUCAGUAUCUUUAUGGUGAAGAUAAGACAGGAAUAUAGGCAGGGACCGUAAUUGUAGUGUGAUGUCUGGCUAGAUGCUGAGAAGGCACAGAUGUGGGAUUUGAGAACCUGGACUGCUCUGUAUAAAAUAUUGUAUGUAUUCAUUUUUAGAGAUCUAGGUCUCGGGUAGAUCUUUCCCCAUAUUUUUUUCAGUAUUGUGAGAAAAAGAUUGCAAAGGUUCUGCUGCUAUUGUUGCAUGUAAUACAAGAUUGCUAAAUCAUCUAAGUGAACAGUUAGCUUUAUACAAAUCUGCAGAUAAGGAAGUUGCACGUCCCAAUAUUCUAAAGUUUGAAGAAAACAACUAAAUUAGAUUACACUCGCUAUUUAAUAAAGAUUAGAUUACCUUUAGUAAUAUUUGCCAUUAGAAAAUUUACUGCUUAACAAGUCAACUAAUAAUAAAUUAAUGCAGUAAAGCCUGAAACAUGAUGUGGUGUUUCCUAAAUACACAGAGUAUUUUACACCGUUGCAUGUACUUGCUGUGGAUUAAUGUUAUAUUAACUUUCGUCCACAUCUGCACUCUAAAUGACCUCAAAUUCAAAGCAGGGAUUUAGGAAGACUAAAUUGAAAAGCAGUACGAGCCAUGUUGGGAAAUGAGUAAAGCAUGAGUAAGAGAUGGGAUCACCACAAAGAUCUGAUGUUUUGGGGAGACUGAUAAGCAAAUGGGCAGACAGAUCUAGUGGAGGAGGAAACAAAGUGGAAUCCAAGGAUGACUCGAAGAUUUCAUGUUCAUGGAACAAUGUUAUUGUUCUAUGAAUGCCCUUUCUACCUUGUUAACCACAGCCAGUGAGCAGUGGAAAUACACUGUCACUAUGAGAUGGAAGUUGCAGUGUGGUAGAGGAAAUAAUUACUCUGUUAGUGCUCUGAGGCUUUUAUUCUUUCGGUUUGUUCACCCACUGAAACAAUUCACGUUACCUGUGGAGACAACAUACUAUUCACAAAUAAAGCAACCUGCAGUCAUUCUCUAUAGCCCCUAGAAGCAAAGCAAAGCAUUAAAUGUACCAUUUGGCAAGAGACUGUUAGAAAUACAGAGAGGAUUACUGUCACUUCCUAUAUUAUGAGUUGUGUUUUCCCACUGCUGAAGCCCCCAAAACAUGCCUGGAUCUCUGAUUACUUCUUGCAGUUAAAGCCACCCUUUUCAUCCUUCCCAGUGUCUCCAUGAUAAAUCAGUAAGGAUGACAAUAAGGAUGUCCAGUUCUAUCCCUUUGACAUCAGCGGGAAAGCCCACCAUCUAAUUCUUAGAAAGGCUCACCAUGAUGUAGUGAUUCCUUUCCCUAUUGCUUCCUUUCAUGCCAUAACUACUCUUGAGAAAAGAAGACAAAAAGAAAACCAACAUCUUAAUAGAUUAAAAUGCUGACCUUGGUAAAAACCACCAGAAGCCAGGAAAGUGUGAUCUAAACCUGCUUCUCAUAUUCAUGUGGUCACUUUAUGUUAUCUAGUCAAAACAUUCCCAGUUAAGAAAGGUUUUCCAACCUUUUUCCUGCCUUUUCUCUUGUUUUACUUGAAUAGUGUUAGUCAUUCCAGGUAUAGUUGAAGAGUGCUUUCAACAUUAAGUUAAGAGGCACUUGCCUAGCUAGAAAAGUAGUUCCCCUUUAGCUAACUUAAUGCAAUGUAAUCAGAAUGCUGGGUACAGAAGAUACAUCUACACAUUGAAAAAAAUGUUUUGAACAUGUGGCCUGAAUUGCUUGCUUGGCUGCAGUUCUUUUAUUUUAUAAAUAAUACCUCUUUUCAAGAUGCCCUGAGGUCAUAAGCAAGGCAAAAAGGCAAAAUGCGUGGAGAAAUGAAGUCAUUCUGAAAGAUCUGCUGACAGUUGGAAAUAACUACAUGCUUUUCAAUAGGGAGGAUCUUCUUCAAGUCUAAUAUGACAAAUGUCACACAAAGAACUAACCAAUACUUAGGUUUCAGUUUGUCAACUCUUUCAAACAUGAGGGCCUUGUGUGCCCAAAAGCACAUCUAUUUUCUUCAGUCAAUCAAUAUCUGACAAGAUACGUUAUAUCUCAAGGCAACCUUUGCCUAAAUUUAUUGACCUGCUCAUUGGUGAAUACACUGUAGGUAGUCCUCAGUAAUCUCUCACAUCACGGUGCACCCUUCUGUUUGGCUGUCUGACAGUGGAGCCCAUGCUUCUCUGAUGAAGCAGAAGUCAGUCUGAGUCUUCCUCAAGCUUCAGAGACUUCAGAAGUAAAAUAGCCAUUGGCACCGCAGCUCUUCUAUUGCUUCCUAGUGCACAAGAACCAGUAGCUGUAGAAAGAGUGUCAAACGCUUCAUUAAUCUAAAUCAGGAGGACCUUCCGAAAGGAGUAUGUUACUAACUCACAUAAUUCCCACUGCCGUGGGAGUGAAACGCCAAUGUUUUCUCAAGGAUCUGGGUAUAAACAUUUCCAGUGACACAUUUACUCCUGCCAGCUGCUGUUAUGUCAGUAGAGAAGAUAAUUACUUAAUGGGCUCCUCUGUCAAAUGCAAAACUUCUACGAGAGCAUCUCAUCACAUCACAUCAUUUCCGUUACUUGAAAGGGCUCUUUGGAACCUGUACCGCGAGAAAAAGAGUUUUUUCCCUCCAGCUCAGCUAAGCGAGUGGGAAGCAGUCAGCAUGUAUCUCCAGCCCAACUGUAUCCAGCUGCAACAUCAUUUCAGUAGAUUGCCAUACUUAUGUCAACCCGUUCAGCUGUAGACCAGUUCAUCAGUUUGUGUAGGCCUAAUUAAACUCCGUGGCAUGCCACCGAUCUGUUUUUCAACAUGAUGUAAGCACACACCAUCCAAACAGUGCACCAUGCUCCUUGACAUACUCUGCAUCAUCUAUUUGCAUCAUACAUAAACUAGUCAGAGGAGUCUAUCACAUCACUCAUACCACAUCAGCAUUUAUUGUUGGAGAACUCAGUGAUUAAUAUACUGUAUUUUUUCCUAAAGGAAGACAAGGAUGUUUUAAAAGGGUAAAAUUAUAUAUGGUUUAAUUUAUUCUGCAAAAAAAAACCACCUUGUUUUGAAACACAAAAGACCUGUUGUUUUAAAGGAAAGUCAAGUCAGGUCAAAAUAUAAAUGUACCCUUUUUAAUUCUAAAGUCUUCACAGCUGGUCAUUCCCACAUGCAGAAACUUAAAUAACCUUUCAGGACUGUAGCAGGGCUAACAAAAAGUCCAACGAAAUGAUAGAUGUAUUUGGACAUAAAUGUUACACCCAGUGGAAUUAGAAGGAAAUAAAGCCUAAUUUAACAGUGUUGGCAAGCUGCUUUUUUGACUGUGUAGCACCACCAGCAUAUUUUACAUGUGUAUCACAGUCAUGAAUAAGUCAGACCAGACACACAUUCACAAACCAGUUUUGAUUUCCUAUCAAGCUACAUGCUUAUUUUCCUUCCCCCACCCUUUUCAGCUAAUAAAGGAAGCCAAGGGAACGUGCUGAUCAUCGUCUCUGGAACAAAUGUAAGCUCCAUAUUCUCAUAAUUGAUUCUCACAGACUGGUAUAACUUCAGUAGAGACAAAAAAAAUCCCUUCCUAGUGAUAAAUGAUUCUUGACAUUUGAAUUGUUUUAUUUAUUACAGACAUAAAAUCCUGAUACCAAAGAUGGCCCUGAAAAUUAUCAUCAUCACUAGCUAUAUGCCUGAGGCUAGAGGGAUUGAACUGUGUUCCUCAUUCAAGAGGAGUUUAUGAGCAUGCAAUAGUUAGUGUAUUCUUCCCCAUACUGCUUCCCUGCAGCCUACAAAGGAACAAGUUUUGACAUCAAUCAAUAGUUUAAUGAUACCCCCUUCCUUCAGAGACCAGAGGCGUAGAAAAGAUCUUUGUCUCUGGGUUCAUGGUGACUCCUGGAAGUAAUAAGAAUUGUCUCCUCAUCUUCUCUGUGCAAGGAAGAACUAUCAAGCUGCUUCAGGUCAUGGCCUGAUCUGUUGGUUUGACCACACCAUCAUCUUCAUAUCCCUCCCACCCACAUUUUCACUUUUGCUUUUACAGCCAUUUGAAUUCUUUCCUUCCCCACAGGCAGCGAGAAGGUUCUUCCUCCUUACAUUGUCCAGUAACAGACCCGGUAAUACCAGGUUUGAAAGCAAACUUUCUCUAAACAACUGUCUUCUCUUGUGUGCAGGGCUUUAUGCAUUUAAGUGGCUAACAUUUGUCUGUAAGACAGCAUCCUGUUCUUCAUUACAAAUCCAUCCAUAAAUAACUACUUUUGAAACUCCACAUACAGUGUGCCAGUUAAACAACUAAUGACUUGGCAGUGCCUGGUCACUGGUUACAGAAGACAGCAAAAUUGGCUGUGAAACCACAGCACUGCAUUUGGUUGAUACAAGGUACUAUAUAACUGCACCAAAUUACGCAUACAUAUGCCAUAGAAGCUUCAUUAACCAGGGUAUGUAGCGUGGUGUUGAAUAUGGUGCAAGAAUCUCUCUACAAAACUUAAGGCACAGUUCUGUGCCAUGUGGCACUGGAAGUUCCAGUUUUGUGUCUAAAUUUCUCACCCCCCCAUCUCUGCAAGAAAAAAAAAAGAAGACAACUCAGCUGGUAAGCCCCAAAACCCUGGGAGAACAUAAAUGCAGAGAUAAACCCAGCCACACCUGAGCUACUCCAUCCAGCUCUGCCAAGGAAGCCAGCUCUCAGAGAGCAGGAAUACACAGUCUAAUGAAGAAGGGAGGAAGACUCAAGUGGUCAAGCUCCCUUCACUGCUUCUUCACAUUUAUCUAUUUUCCACUCCUCUUUGUUAGACUUUAAGGCUGCCACACUAGUGCAGCCUCUUCCUAGCAGAACAGACUGCGACCAUGGAGAGGAAGGUUCUCUUUUAUACAUUUGGGGUGAUGAUCUUGCUGGCUUGUAAACCUGAUGGAAUGAUUCAGUAUGUGCUUACAAGAAUCAUAACAAUAUAGGCUAGUCCCUAAACUCAUGUGGACCAUUCAUCUCACAUUUGGAAAAUAUGUUUUAAAGGAAAAACAGGCCACAAACCACAAAAGCACUCCCUCUGACAAGUUUAUUAUAUUUAUUUAGUAUACCUCAGUGAGGGGCUCUGAAUUACGCAUACACAAACAGACCUCAUCAUUCCUUGUCAUAAUACAGUAAAAUAUAAUACACAGACAAGUGCUUCAGUGCCAUGACCUAAGCACAGGAAUGGAAGCUUGGUCCUCUUCACUUCCAUUACCAAAUAAUUCACUACUGGGGAGUAAUUUAUCAAAUCCUUGCUGAGCCAGCAGGCUGUGUUCAAACAACGCCAAACCCACCACCUGCCCUUUAUCAGUUUCCAGGUUCAGACUCCAGAUGGAGAAAUAUGAAAACAAAGAGCCUUUUAAGACCUGUUUUAGCAUCAUCAUAAGCAAAACGUGACCAUACACUGCAUAUGUCUACCAUGGUCCAUGUCUUGCAAAUGUUGACCUAGAUAUUUGUUUGGUUACACUCCAGAUUUCCCUAACUUUAGCAUUUGCCCCUGCAACUCUUUCCCAAGCAGAAAGUCCAUGCUCAGUUAGGGACUGACAAACGCGUUUCAAAACCACCCCAUCAAUUCAAGAUGAACAGUGCAAAAUGUGUAGUGAGAAAGGGCAGGCAUAGGAAAAAAAAAUACCCAGUGAAAAUCAACACGAGAAAAUGUGAGAGCAAGCAGGAAAAAACAAGUGGCAUGGACUAGAUUUUUGUGCUGCUCCAGUCAUCUGAAGGAUUUAGUCAUUUACCUUGGACUUACCAGUGCUUCAGGGGAGCACUGCAAGGUGCCUCCCCCCAGGCUCUGCAUGGUGGGAGCAGUCCCCAGCGAGGAGGUGAGCACCCAAGGCUGAGGAAAAUGAAGAACCCAUGUUUCCUUUCUGGGUAAACACUCAAAGAAGUCAGUAUGACAACAGCAUUUCUGAGUAAAAGUGAUCAGCACAGAUAAACUUCCAACCACAGCUCACUGCCGCACUCUCCAAACCACAGAAGAGCCACACUGGGCUGACUUCAGCACUCAGGGGACAUUAUGCCCCAAACCCCAGGUCCCAAGCCUUCCCAUUUACUUCCUUACAUUUAGGCAUAAUCCUUUCACCUCAACACUGCCAUUGCCAAGACUAAACCAGAUUACUCACAGAGAUUUUGUGUCGGUAGCAUGUGCUAGAUUUGAAUACCUCUUAUGUAAGUGGAAAGACUAUUUCGGAAUGCUUUCAGCACUGUGUAACAUUUCAUACGUAAAGCACAACUCCCAUUGUUUAUAGCUAUACCUGAAAUCAACCAAUACUUUAGAAAAAAAAAUCAGUGUUGGAAAACAACAUUAGUGAGCAUGUGGGGAAAAAUUAGAUUAGGUAACCUAAUACCACCUAAUACAGAAAGAGAAAUUUCAAUUCCAUGCUUUUCCUGUAGCUGCAGUAAGCAUCAAGCUAUCUAUCUUCUCUUAGCCCAUAACACAUUCAUUAUACGUCUUCCAACCUCCUCAGUGAAAGCAAGGUCCCAUCCCUAUUUAACCCAAAUUCACUCCUAGAACAGUUUCACCCCUGACACUGAAAGAGGUACAGGACCUCUGGGAAAAUUCCUGUGUCAACACCAUGCGCCUGAGCCAGGUAGCGCAUCAUUUGGUCUGUCAAUACUGGUGAAGGCUGCCUGGGGCCCGGGAAUUGGACAAGGCUAAGUGGAAUAUGCUUAGACAGUAUUAAACUGAUGAAGAUAUAGAAUAGCAAGCUUCAGAGCUUAGCAGCAGUCAUGUUUGGAUUCUCCUUUUAUUCCUCUAAAUCCAGUUCUAGAAGCUGCAUUACAGCAUUUGAUCCUUGGCAGUGACUGAACAAUUUCUAUUGCCAUUCCUCCUAAUAUGAUAUUUAAACAGAUUCUGGAUUUUAUUAAAAAAAAAAAAAAAAACAAAAAAAACAAAAACAAACAAAAAAAACCAUGCAAUCUCAAGCAAUUU